GCACCGUGUUUCCGGUCGGACUGUUUUUCCGGACGGACCGGUGCACCUUGGACUCGCUCGUGACUUUUCUUUUCCUCCCGAUGAAUAAACUCGUGAUUUAAACAUGUCCAGCUUCCAGCGUGUCCUCCGCCUCGCGGACAGGUGCAACAGGUGGCGUUUUUUGAAACCCCGGUUCUUGCGCGCGAGCUCGUGUGUCAACGUCUCCUCGCGUGUAACGGACCGGCGCGCGAACGGUUCCCGGAGCUACGCGAGCUCCGCCCGCACCGAGCCGGUCCGGAUCGGCUGCGCGUCCGGGUUCUGGGGGGACACAGCGGCCUCAGUGCCGCAGCUGAUCCACGGCGGGGCGCUGGACUUCCUGGUGUUCGACUACCUGAGUGAGAUCACCAUGUCCCUGCUGACCGCCGCCAGGAGCAAGACCCCCAAUCUGGGUUACGCUCCCGACUUCGUCCACGUGGCUCUCGCUCCGUUUAUUAACGACAUCCACAGGAAAGGUAUCCGCGUGGUCAGCAACGCAGGGGGAGUCAACCCGCUGGCGUGCGCCGAGGCCAUACGGGAGGUCAUCAGGAAGGCCGGCCUGGACCUCAAGGUCGCCGUGGUAACCGGGGACGACCUCAUGCCCCACAGAAGCAGCCUCUCAGAAGUAAAGAUGGCGGCUGACGGCAGCACGCGGCCUUUACCCAGAAGCCUCCACAGUAUGAACGCUUACCUUGGGGCUCUGCCUGUCCGCCGCUGUCUGGACCUGGGCGCCGACAUCGUGGUGACGGGUCGCUGCGUGGACAGCGCCGUGGUGACGGGCCCCCUGAUGCACAGCUUUGGGUGGGGCAGCACGGACUACGACCUGCUGGCCUCCGGCAGCCUGGCAGGUCACCUGAUCGAGUGCGGCGCUCAGAGCACCGGUGGAGUUUUCACCGAUUGGCACAAAGUUCCCGACUGGGACCUCAUGGGCUUCCCGGUGGUGGAGGUCUCCUCCGACGGCUCCUUCCUUCUGUCCAAGCCGCCCGGCACCGGCGGCCUGGUCUCCUUCGGCACGGCGGCCGAGCAGCUGGUGUACGAGAUCGGAGACCCGCGGCGCUACCUGCUGCCCGACGUCACCUGUGACUUCAGCCAGGUGCUCAUCCAGGAAGUAGCAGGCGUUGACGGAGGUGCUGUCAUGGUAACGGGCGCUAAAGGCUCGCCUCCAUCACGUGACUACAAGGUGUGCGCCACCUACCUGGACGGCUACAGGGCGACGGCCGUUUGUCCCGUCGGCGGCCCGAGGGCGGCGGAGAAGGCCAGAAGAACCGCCGAGAGCAUCAUCAGGCGCACCAAGCGGAUGCUGGAGCAGCUGAAGCUGGAAGACUUCUCCUCCGUCAACAUCCAGAUCCUCGGAGCCGAGGACACGUACGGAGCCAACGCUCGCUGCCAGCAGAGCUCCAGAGAGGCGGUGAUCUGGAUGGCCGCCCACCACAAGCAGAAGAAAGCUCUGGAGAUCUUCGCCAGAGAAGUCGCUCCUGCAGGGACAGGAAUGGCUCCCGGGCUGACCGGCAUCGUGGGCGGACGACCCCGAGUGUCUCCGGUGCUGAAGCCCUUCUUCUUCUUACACCCCAAAGCUGAGGUGAAGGUGGACGUCCACGUCGGGGGGGAUCUGGUGGAGACUCUCGAGGAGGCGGGGCCUGACCCACUCGAGCAGGAAGCCCCUCCCACCUAUGCACAGGAAGAACCCGACGCAGAGCUUCCCAGCGGACCUCACAGCUACCGGCUGGAGGAUCUGGCCUUCACGCGCAGCGGAGACAAGGGAGACUCCGCCAACGUCGGAGUCAUAGCGCGUCAUCCCCUCUUCUUCCCCUACCUGAAGAAGCACCUGACUUCUUCUGUGGUGGAGGACUACUUCUCCCACCUCAUCGAGCCGGGCACCGAGAACGCCGUCACGCGAUACACUCUGCCAGGCAUCCACGGCCUCAACUUUGUCCUGCAGAGCUCGCUGGGAGGGGGAGGGGUGGCGUCUCUACGCAGCGACCCCCAGGGAAAAGCCUACGGUCAGAUGCUGCUGGACGUGAAGCUGCACGGACUCCCAGACCUCAAGUCCCUGGUGGACUGAGAGACUCUGGACAACCACAGAAGAAGACUGAGUGAAUAAAAUCAUUAAUGGACAUUUUCACAACCAGGAGAAACCAGAUGAAACACCACAGGAUCAGCUAACGUUGCUAUGACCAACACACAUUCACCUUAAUCUGCCCCAGAAGAAGUAGAAAUGAUUCGACUCUACAGGUGAAAUAAUCCAUUUCAUCCUCAAAGCUCACUAGUUCACCACUGACUUCAGAUAGAGGAACACAACCUGGCUUCAAGGGACCUGACCUCUGUGACCCCGGCGGUUUGGAGACAUUAGGCUUCAGGUUGGUGUGCAGACCCCCCGCCCCCUCCCCCCCCCACCUCCUUCACCUCGACGCGACCCGCAGGAAUGUGCGUCUGCUUCCAGAGAGACGUCCCUCCUGCUUCCCUGUAAUUGCAACCAGACCGGAGCUGCAGGCGAGAGUUUGUUCUCCGCAGCUUCCGUCACCUCAGGACCCCCCCCCCCGCCCCCCCCAAGCCGCCUCCUCAUCGGUGGAGAGAGAUCCCCCCCCCCUUUGGACUUUCACUUCUUUGAUAAUUGGGGGAAUGAUCCGUUUUUUCAGUAUUUAAUCGUAUUUUUCAGAGCUCUUUUCACUCAAACACGAAACCACAAAGAAAAAGGCGAAGCAGGAUCCUCCUCCAGAGAUUUACAUCAAAUACAACAACGCCAGGCCUUCCACACACACACUGCAGACAGAGUGUGUGUGGGACGCCGCGGUGGUCCCAUCCUUUUUAGCCAGGUGUUAAAAUCCAGGCUGUAAAUUCCAGCUCAGUUUCCCGUUUUCAUAAAAAAAAAACAAAAAAAAAGAGAGCUCAGAUUUCAUGUGGAAACUCGACGAUGACGAAGUUUGAGGGCGAAGCUUUCUGACUCUGCAAAGUUAAUUAUUCAUUGUGGAGUAACUUUUACCAGCUGAUUCAGGACUGUAAGAUGCCUGGAAAAGGAGGACGGAUUUCUGGUAUUUUGACAAUUUGUGUAUUGGUUUAAAGUAAACUAUUCUGUCCGUAUGAAGCCGAAUGAAAGGAACACUAGUGAAUUAAUAUGAUGAACUUGUUAAAUAUACUCAUAUCAUUAUGUCUAAAAGAGGCUCCAAAAUAUCCCAUUCAGGAGCCUUCUGGUCUACUGACCCCCCCCCCCCCUGAGUAAAAUCGACGCCUUCGGGGAGAAAAGCCUCUUCUUUCCGCCGAUAACGGUCCGGUUUCCUCAGAAUGUGGAAUCACGUCCGAAUGAAUCAAGGUUUCACUUGUGUGUGUGUGUGUGUGUGUGUGUGUGUGUGUGUUCUACAGUCUGAGCCUUACUCAGUUUAAACACUUGUUUCUACUCAGAACGUAAAUGAAGUACUUAAUGGUUUGAUUUUUGUGCUUUUUUUCUUGCCUUUAAGGAGACAAUUGAACAGUGUGAUUCUGUAGCUUCUAAACUGAAGAGAUGAAUUAAACGUAGUUUCAUGAGAAA